CGAGCGCCGUAACAGUACGAGUCGUGUUAAUCGAGAUAUUAUACAGUGCGGUAUACGUGUCGAGAUACAACAGUGCAAAUAUAUUUGUAUUUAUUUUAUCAUUUUACAGUGGUGAUAAUUAUUUAGCUAUCCAAUAUUUUUUGUCUCUGUCGAAUAGUCCGUGUUUGAAAUUUGAACAUCGAAAAAAUGGUCGGAAAGACAGCGAUCGGUAUCGAUCUCGGGACCACGUACUCUUGCGUGGGUAUUUGGCAACACGGCAAGGUGGAGAUCAUCGCCAACGAUCAAGGUAACAGGACCACGCCGAGUUAUGUGGCGUUCACGGACACGGAACGGUUGAUCGGUGACGGGGCCAAGAACCAGGUGGCGAUGAAUCCCAAGAACACAGUGUUCGACGCCAAACGGUUGAUCGGCCGUCGGUUCGAUGACGACAAAAUGCAAUCGGACAUGAAACAUUGGCCGUUUACUGUGGUGAACGACUGCGGUAAGCCGAAGGUACAAGUGGAGUUCAAAGGAGAGACGAAAGUGUUCGCGCCGGAAGAAAUCAGUUCAAUGGUGUUGACAAAAAUGAAGGAGACGGCGGAAGCGUACCUGGGACGGACCGUUACGGACGCGGUGAUCACGGUGCCGGCGUAUUUCAACGAUUCGCAACGGCAGGCGACCAAAGACGCAGGUGCGAUAGCCGGUCUGAACGUGAUGAGGAUAAUCAAUGAGCCGACGGCGGCCGCGUUGGCGUACGGUUUGGACAAAAGCCUGAAAGGUGAGAGGAACGUGUUGAUAUUCGAUCUCGGCGGUGGCACGUUCGACGUGUCCGUGCUGCAGAUCGACGAGGGUUCGAUAUUCGAAGUCAAAUCGACGGCCGGAGACACUCACUUGGGCGGUGAGGACUUCGACAACCGGUUGGUGUCGCAUCUGGCCGAAGAGUUCAAGAGGAAAUUCAAAAAGGAUGUGCGCAGCAACCCUAGGGCGCUGCGUCGGUUAAGGACCGCCGCGGAACGAGCUAAGAGAACAUUAUCAUCCAGCUCGGAGGCCACUGUAGAGAUCGACGCCCUAAUGGAAGGCAUUGAUUUCUACACCAGGGUGUCUCGGGCACGUUUCGAAGAGCUGUGCGCGGACCUGUUCAGAUCAACCCUGGAGCCAGUGGAGAAAGCGUUGGCGGAUGCCAAAUUGGACAAGGGUUCCAUACACGACGUGGUACUUGUGGGUGGGUCCACGAGGAUUCCGAAGAUUCAGAACCUCCUGCAAAACUACUUCUGCGGCAAAUCACUCAACCUGUCUAUCAACCCCGACGAAGCGGUCGCGUACGGUGCCGCCGUGCAGGCAGCCAUUUUGAGCGGUGAUACCAGCUCGGCCAUACAAGACGUGUUACUGGUGGACGUGACCCCCUUGUCACUGGGUAUCGAAACCGCGGGUGGCGUCAUGACCAAGAUUGUCGAGCGCAACUCCACGAUUCCGUGCAAACAGACUCAGACGUUCACUACAUACGCGGACAACCAACCGGCCGUCACCAUCCAGGUGUUUGAAGGAGAACGGACUAUGACCAAGGACAAUAAUCUGUUGGGCACAUUUGAUCUGACGGGCAUAGCUCCCGCUCCCAGAGGCGUGCCUAAGAUCGACGUGACUUUUGACAUGGACGCCAACGGUAUACUGAACGUGUCGGCGAAAGACAACAGUUCCGGUCGGUCCAAGAACAUCGUCAUCAAGAAUGACAAAGGUCGUUUGUCCCAAGCCGAAAUUGAUCGGAUGCUUAGCGAAGCGGAACGGUACAAAGAGGAGGACGAACGUCAAAAGGAAAAGAUCGCCGCCAAGAACCAGCUUGAAAGCUACGUGUUUAAUGUAAAACAAGCGUUAGAUGAUGCUGGCGACAAGUUGAACGAAUCCGAAAAGAAUGCCUGCAAACAAGAAUGCGAUGCAGUCAUUCAAUGGUUGGAUAACAAUCAAUUGGCCGACAAAGAAGAGUUCGAGUAUAAAUUGAAAGAAAUCCAAAAGAGCUGCUCAGGCCUAAUGAUGAAGUUACACGGGGGAAAAGCUGCCGGAGAACCUCAAAUGCCGUCUGGUGCCGCCGGAUUCCCUGGAUCUCAUUCCCGAGGACCUACUGUUGAAGAAGUCGACUAAACCUUAUCAACAUUGUAAUUGGUUUUUGCAAGUACCAUAUUUCCUAUUAUUUUCGAACAAGGCUGAUUUAUAUUUAUUGUAAUUUGUUUUAA